UUCUUCUCAACGCCAGUAUACGCGUAUUGCAUGGCUUCUCAGCAGAGAAAUAAUCAGGAAUAUGAUUCCGAAGACGAAUAUGAUUCACAAAUGAAUCUCAAAGAGUAUAAAAUAUCUCUACAUAGUGCUGUUAGGUCGGUUACAACCAAAAAUGUAAGUUAGAAAAGGGUGUUUUCGCUGUCAGCGCGGAUUUAUGAUAAGAGCUAAAGGCUAAACACUCGUAACAUUUUACUCACUAAUGUUACACUCAACAUCUUCAUUAAAUGCCACAACUCACCAAAAUGAAGACCCCUGUUUUACUUCUAUGCUUUUUGCUCGCAAAAGGUGUGUUUGGUGAUUUUGUGAUGGAGGGAGAUUCUGUCACGCUACACACUGAUCUUACUGAUCUACAGAAAUAUGAACGUAUACUGUGGACAUUUGGACCUGGCCGCACUCGAAUAGCUCAAAUCAACAAUGUAGUCAAUAAGAUCUCAUUAUACAAUGAUGUUCUUGAUGGGAAAUUCAGAGACAGGCUGCAGCUGGAUGAUCGGACUGGAUCUCUGACCAUCACAAACACCACAACUGAAGACUCUGGACUUUAUGAACUGCAGAUCGUUGGUGGGAUAGAGGUCCCGCCAUUGAAGUUCAGUAUUAUUGUUUCUGCUCCUCUGCCUGUUCCUGUCAUCAGCAGAAACGCUUCUCAGUGUUCUUCAUCAUCAUCAUCAUCAUAUUGUUCAUUGUUGUGUUCAGUGGUGAAUGUGGGGCAUGUGACUCUCUCCUGGUACAAAGGAAACAGUUUAUUGUCCAGCAUCAGUGUGUCUGAUCUCAGCAUCAGUCUCUCUCUUCCUCUGGAGGUGGAAUAUCAGGAGAAAAACAGCUACAGCUGUGUGCUCAACAAUCCCAUCAGCAAGCAGACUCAACAUCUGGACAUCAGCAAACUCUGUCUCACAUGUUCAGUGGAUGCAUCAAGUUUAAUCCCAGAAGAUGGCUUACCCUUAAGUCACAUGGUGCUGAUCUGCGUUAGUGUUGUAGUUACUGUACUAGUCUUGGCUGCAGCUGGGAUGCUCAGUAUCUACUGGAAAUACAGGAACACAAAUCAACUGGGCCAGACCCCUAAACAAGAAUACACUGAGAUGAACAAAGGUUCUCCAGGUGAUGAUUUGGCUGAGACGGAUGAACUGAAGACAGUAUCAGUGAGGGUGGGAGAGACGGUCACUCUAAACACUGGUGUUACUGCAAUAAAAAGUUUUGAUGUGCUGCAGUGGAGGUUUGGAGAAUUAAACACAGACAGCACAAACCCAUUCAUUGUCUUUGCCAGGCUGAAUGAACAAAGCAAUUUCGAUGGUACUGGUCAUUAUGAGACAUUCAGAAACAGAGUACAGCUGGAUCAACAAAACGGAUAUCUCACAAUUAAUGACAUCAGACCCACAGACUUUGGAAUCUAUAAACUAAAUAUCUCCAGGAAUGGGAAAAAUGUGAUUUCCAAGACAUUUAUCAUCCGAGAUUCCUCAGAAAACAGAGGGAAUGUGCCAGAGGAGACAAUAGCGUUAAUGAAUGGAGAGAUUACUGCAAACACUGGUCUAUAGUGACUGUUACAUUAUCCUUUAUUUUUAUAAAACGUCUCUACUUUUUGAGCCUUUAAAGUGGAAAAUGUUUGAAAUGAACA